AUGUUGGCGAGGAGCAUUGGAGUGCGAGUUCUUCGAAACUGCGCCCGAGGCCGCAGAAUUUCACCUCCGCCAGCAGCUCGGACGGUGACAAGACGAUUUUCCUCAUCCUCCACGACCGCCGCUCAUCAUGGUCCUCCUCCGACGGCUCACCCUCUUGCAGGUGUCACCUCGCAACUUGACCACGUCGCACCUCGGUUCGAGAUCGAUCCAGACCAGAUUGAGAUCCUCGAAUCUCCCACCGCAUUCUAUGAAACCCUGAAGGCUAAAAUCAGAGGAGCGAAACGGAGAAUAUACCUCUCGACUCUAUACAUCGGCAAAACCGAACAUGAGUUGAUCAGUACUCUACGGGAGGCGCUGGAGGACAGUCCGAACCUCGAGCUUUCGAUCCUGACAGAUGCGUUGAGAGGGACCCGGGAAGACCCUGAGCCGUCAUGCGCGACUCUAUUGGCACCUUUGAUCUCGCAAUUCGGCGACCGCGUGAGGAUCUCUAUGUUCCACACGCCGAACUUGAACGGGUGGAAAAAGAGAUACAUGCCCAAACGUAUCAACGAGGGUUGGGGUUUGCAGCACAUGAAGCUCUACGGGUUUGAUGAUGAGAUCAUCUUGUCCGGUGCCAACCUGUCGAACGACUACUUUACGGAUCGGCAAGAUCGUUAUCACGUCUUCACGUCCAAAGAGCUCACCGAAUUCUAUGCGGCGGUCCACGAAGCGGUUUGCGACCUGUCGUAUUCCCUUAUACCGUCAGACGAGCAUCCGGGGGGGUUCGAGUUGAUUAGUCCGCAUGAACGCGGCUUUCCAGAUCCGUUAUGGCAUACGAAACGAUUCAAGGCGUACGCGAAGCAGACCCUCGAACCACUGAUUCACAAGAAAGCGCGCCAGAAGAUGUUCCCGGUGCCGUUUACUCGGGACAAAACGUUUGUGUAUCCACUGGCUCAGUUCGAUAUACUACUCGGCGAGCCCAAGAACAUCUCAUUUCUCGAUUAUGAAUUUGCGACCUAUACCUCGACCGAGAAGCCCGCGAUUACGCGCCUGCUGACGAAUCUGUCUGAAGACGAACGACUGCACCAAUCGACAUGGACGUUUACUGCAGGAUAUUUCAACAUCGACCCCGACAUUUGCAAGCUUUUGGUCGCUGCCGCUCCGGAGGCUGCGGCGGGAGUCUUGGGCCCCGGGACCAAAGCAUUUGAGAAAGCGUGCACAGUCAUCACAGCGUCGCCCUGGGCAAACGGGUUUUACGGCAGCAAAGGCGUGAGCGGCAUGUUACCUGCGGCGUACACGCUCCUCUCACGGAGGUUCCUCCGCACCGUCGCCAGCGCGGGCAAAGAAGACGUGAUCCAGCUGAAAGAAUGGCGCAAAGGCACGGUCGGCGAGCCUGGCGGCAUGACCUACCACGCCAAGGGGCUUUGGGUGACGCUUCCACCUCAGCCGAGACCCAGCAUCACCGUCGUAGGUAGUAGCAACUAUACGAAGCGGAGCUAUAGUCUCGAUCUGGAGAUCGGGGCCAUGAUCGUCACGGGCAACGAAGGCCUGAAGGCGCGACUGAAGCAAGAAACAGAGAAUCUACAGGCCAAUUCCGCGGUCGUGACGCAAGAUGACCUGGCCAAAGUCGAUCGCCGCGUCGGUCUGAAGGUUCGGCUUGCGCUCUGGCUUGUUGAGGCUUUGGGCGGUGCUCUUUGA